AAAAUUUGUGACUUUUCAGAAUAAAGGAACAUUGCAAUCAGCUGAACAGUGACAAAUCAUAAAUUGACAAGUGACAAGGAUUCCGGACCGCUAAUAUUUUUUAAAAUUAAGUCCAAUUUUGUAUAAUUAUUGCGUGUUUAAAUUGUAAAUUAAAUAAUAUUGAAAAUAUGGAAGACAUUCCACGUCUAGCAGUGGUGGAACAGCACACAGGAGACUCGGAAAAGUUUACCAAACUCUUGAUCGAAUUACUGCGAGUUAUCACAAACAUUUUAGAAAGCCCCCACGAUUACGAUUUACGGACUAUUCAAAGUGAUUUAUUAAAAAAACAUUUAGGAACUGAACCUUUUAGUGAAUAUCUAAAAUAUGUUGGAUUCCAAUUGACGAAAGGUGAAAUAAUCUACCCUAAAGAACAGACUCUAAACAAGCUGAGGAUAGCACAGGCAGCAAUCGAGCGGAAAAUCAGCAUUUGCUGUGGCCCGGUCAAGCCCAGCAGGAGAAACGUAACAUACGCCCAGUGUAUGGUACAAGCUAAGAAGCCAAAACUGGUCCCACUUAAUGUUCUGAACACAAAAAAUGCACUGUUAUUGAAAAUCCAAUCACUAUUCAACAACAUGAUCAAGUAUGAAGAUGAGGAGUUGCAGCAACUAGCCAGGGAAGAGAUUCCGCUGGUCACGCUGCAACUUAUGGCUCUGGACAGGAUCAGGGAACAUCAGAGGAAAAUUAAAACUGGUGAAAUAAAUACCCACGAUCUCCCGUUUGACAUCGCGCUGCUGAUGGAGCUACUGGGGUGGUUCAAGCACAAGUACUUCAAGUGGGUGGACAAGCCAGAGUGCAACAAGUGCGGAGGGGCCACCAAGUACUCGGGGUCUUCUAGCAUGAAUACCCCGACUGAGACCUGCACUGUAGAGCUAUACACGUGCAUCCAAUGCGGCCGCUCCUCGGAGUUCCCGCGCUUCAACGACCCCAAGAUGCUAUUGCGCACGCGCCGCGGCCGCUGCGGCGAGUGGGCCAACUGCUUCACGCUGUUGUGUCGCGCGCUGGGAUACGACACGCGCUUCGUGUACGAUACAACGGACCACGUGUGGUGCGAGGUAUUCGACUACGACUCGCGAACUUGGCUUCACGUAGACCCGUGCGAGGCGAAGUUGAACGCGCCGCUGAUCUACAGCCACGGCUGGGGCAAGAAGCUGUCCUACGUCAUCGCCGUGUCACGCGACGACGUGCAGGACGUCACGUGGCGGUACACCACCAACUUUAAAGAGGUCCUAACCAGACGCACGCUGGUCUUAGAGCAUGAACUCCUGGCAGCCAUCAUGAUUCUGCGCGAGCGGCGCCAGCGGCAGGUGUCGGCGCCGCGCCGCGCGCACCUCACCCGCCGCACGCUCGGGGAGCUCGCGCAGCUCAUGUGCGAGAGAAAGCCAAGCGACUACGAGUGUCACGGGCGCAUAUCGGGCUCGAAGGAGUGGCGCACGGACCGCGGCGAGCUGGGCUGCGCCGCCGGGAAGGAGUUCAUCUUCCGCGACCCCGGCUCUGUCGCCGUGCGUUACUACCCAGCCGCCGACGAGUACCGCGUGACAGGCCAGGCCACAGUAUCGCCGUGGAGCGCCGGCGCCUUCGCCGCGAGAAACGUGUUUCGUAAGGUCGAGUACGACUGGCAGCAGGUCUACAUCGCUAGGGAAGAGGGCACGGAAAAAGGCUUCAUGUCAUGGAAGCUGCGCGCCAUAGACGGCGCAUGCUUCGACUCGCUGUGCGCGCGCGCCUCCUACGCCACCUUCCAUUCCGGGCAGGUGGAGUGGCGCGUGCGGUUUGACGACGAAGCACCCAUGCCCGCCGAGUUUGGAGAAUCCCCAAUGCGCUUCGAGCGCCGCUUCUACACCUGCGAAAUAAUGGUGGAACUGAGCGGCGGCUCGGGAGCAGAAGGCUGGCAGCACGCGCAGCUGUUCCGGCGGCCCGCCAGCGCUACCGCGCCCGCUCUUGAACUGCUGGGAACCGUUGUACUGGAGAAGGCGCCCGUCCUCGAGGUGCUGUAGCCUGACAUUUGGUACUUUUAGCCCACAUGUCACCAGUAACUAAAUCAAGCAAUCAAAUCAACCCCGUGAUAAUCUGGAGACACCAACCGUUGUAGACCUGGACAUCUGGAAGCUCGACAUUCACUGGACCGCUUGAAUCCUGUCGCGCUCAUAAAUAACUAGACCACUUGACUGAAAUCAACGCUGCUGAAGCUUCUGGCCUUCGUCUUACUGCAGAAGGUGCCCGUCCUCGAGGUGCUGUAGUCUGCCAGGUGGAACCACUAGCUCGAAUAAGAGCCUACGAUCGCUUAAUAAGACCUGGACACCUAGAUCUUUUUCACCCUCAAAUAACUGGACCACUUGACUCAAAUCAACGCUGCUGAAGCUUCUGGCCUUCGUCUUACUGGAGAAGGCGCCCGUGCUCGAGGUGCUGUAGCCUGACAGGUGGAACUAUUAGCUCAUGAGUCACUAGCUCAGCAGUAACGAAAUCAUUCCCUCAUUCCCGUAAUAAUCUGUAGACACCAAACAUCAACCGUGUUGCAGACCUGGACUUCUGGAAGCUCCGCAAACCUAGAUACUAAGAUUGACUUGAAGACCUGCGCACCUUGAACUACUGGCUCAGAAAUAAGGCGCUCACGAUCAUCUUAAGACUUUGACACCUGAAACUUUUUGAUGCUCUUUUAUUUUUAGAACAGCUGGACCAGUUAAAUAAAACCUCUUGAUAACCUAGAGACAAUAAUCGAACUGCAGACUUGGACACUGGAACCAGUAGCUCAAAUAAGACGCCGACCAUAGAGCUUUUGACAUGGACACCUAGAUCUUUUCGUCGUCAUCGAGGUUACAGCACCUGACAGACCUGGCAGACCUAGCACCUGGAACCACUAACUCAUGAAACUUUUACAUUUACAUAACUAAAUCAAGCAAUUAAAUAAGCCCCAUGACCUGGAGACAACAAACGUGUUCUAGACCUGGACAUCUGGAAAUUCUGGAAGCUCAUCAAUGACUGAAUCAAAUCACAACAUGACGAGAGACGGCGACCGUCUUUGAGAAGUAGACCUGGCGCCUGGAAUUGCUAGCUUAUAGAUCACUGGAUUACUUAAAUGUUGAAAAUUUACUGUUAGGCCAUUGACCUAAUUUUAUUAUACGGAUAUCUGCACGACAGGCUCAAAUAAAACGUAACUUAAGACGCUUUAUACAUUUAGCACAUACUUAUCUAACUGCCAGUUGACAAAUAUAAUACCAAUUAUUAUGCCCUAUAGUCUUUUUCACCUAAGAUGAUCCGUAUGACGUUUCGAGUUUGAA